AUGGCGAAUAGCAAUCCUUCCGACGGCUCUGCUGACGACUUCUUCGAACAAAUCCUAGGGUUCCCUGCUUAUCCCGGAGGUGCAACCGACCCCAAUUUGGCGGUAAACGAAGGAGGUAUGGGUGGACCAGGUGGUAACUCCAUGAUGUUGCAGCUGAGCUCCGCCGGUGACGUCGGCUCCGGUCAUCAUCAUCUAGGUGGUGGAGUUGGAGUUGGAGUUGGAGGUGGAGGUUCCGCGACGACGUCGUUGAUAGCCGAGUUUCCUCUUCGGGUUUCCAAGGCCAGCCAAUGGGUGGUGGUAACACGGUGCAAACGACUCCAAAUCCACCAACUGCUCGUCCGACGAGGGUCAGAGCAAGGCGAGGCCAGGCCACAGACCCCCACAGUACUUGCUGAAAGGCUUCGUCGUGAAAGAAUUGCAGAGAGAAUCAGAGCAUUACAAGAACUGGUUCCUAGUGUCAAUAAGACAGAUAGAGCUGCAAUGCUUGAUGAGAUUGUGGACUAUGUCAAGUUCCUAAGGCUUCAAGUAAAGGUAUUGAGUAUGAGUAGAUUGGGAGGAGCGAGUGCUGUAGCACCACUCGUCACUGACAUCCCUAUAUCAUCGGUUGAGGAGGAAGCGGGGGAAGGGGGAAGAAACCAACCGGCAUGGGAGAAAUGGUCAAAUGAUGGGACGGAAAGACAAGUAGCAAAGCUAAUGGAAGAAAAUGUAGGGGCUGCAAUGCAAUUUCUUCAAUCUAAGGCCCUUUGCAUCAUGCCUAUUUCACUCGCAUCUGCUAUUUACCACACACAACCACCCGAUUCAACCUCCAUUAUCAAACCCGAAUCCGAACCCCCUUUAUAAAAAUCUAGACAGAAUGACUUAAAUCUGAACAGAACGGCUUAAUCAACGUCAUAUUCAUAUGUACCUUUAUCUUUCACCACCACUCAAUCUCAUCAUGUUUUAUAAGAAUAAUGGGAAGCCCACAAGAUUCAAGGAGAGGUAAAAGUUGUCAAACCUUUGCUUGAUAUGUUGUGACUUUUUGUGUCAAUUGGUGAGGGUAGUGGUGGAUGACUAAGGAAAAAGGGGGAUUAAUACACUUUUGUUAGUGGGGGGAGGCUUUUAAGUUUUAAGUUUUAUUUUAUUUUUGGGGGGUAGUGGAAUGUGGGGACAUUCAUAUAUAUGUAAACUUGUUAUGUUUUUAUUUUAUAUCUCUCUCUCUAUAUAUAUAUAUUUCAAUUAUAG